GCCCUUUUUUUGCUCGCGUUUGUGAUGCAGGGCUUCAGCUUCGAUGUCGCAGGCCUUGUGCCUUCCUCUCCCUCUGCAGGCCACCCUGAAGCCGGGCCAAACUGGGUUUCCCCCUUCCUCCCGAACGGUUUCGGGGCCCUGGGAGGCAGAUGACUGUGCUGUUGUAACCCUGCCUCCCUUCUUCCAGAGCUCCUGGUCUGAGGCCCACCUGGGCAGGAAAGCCUUUGUGGAGAGCCUUUUUUUAUUUUUAAUAGAGGUCCUGGAGACAUCAGGGACUUCACUGGAAUAUUGUUUGGGAACGUAGCAUGGAAGUUCUGCGCCCACAGCUUAUAAGAAUUGGUGGGCGGAUUUAUAGGAAGAAUCCCAUUCAAGAGCAGACUUACCAACAUGAAGAAGAGGAGGAGGACUUCUAUCAAGGCUUCAUGGAGUGUGCAGAAGAGCCCUGUGAUGGCUACGAGGUGGUACAGACCCAGCAAGGUUUCCAGUGUACCGUGAAGGCCCCCAGCCUGCUCUACAAACAUAUAGUUGGAAAGAGAGGGGACACUAAGAAGAAACUAGAGGUGGAGACCAAAACUUCUAUUAGUAUUCCUAAGCCUGGACAAGAAGGAGAAAUUGUAAUCACUGGCCAGCAUCGAAGUGGUGUGAUUUCAGCCCGAACUCGGAUUGAUGUUCUUUUGCUCACUUUUAGAAGAAAGCAGCCCUUCACUCACUUUCUUUCCUUUUUCCUCAAUGAAGCUGAGGUUCAGGAACGAUUCCUGAAGUUCCAGGAGGAAGUACUAGAGAAGUGCUCCAUGGAUCAUGGAGUUGAUAGCACCAUUUUCCAGAAUCCCAAAAAACUUCACCUAACUAUUGGGAUGUUGGUACUUUUAAGUGAGCAAGAGAUCCAGCAGACAUGUGAGAUGCUAAAGCAGUGUAAAGAGGACUUCAUUGACGACAUUUCUGGGGGCAAACCCUUAGAAGUAGAGAUGGAAGGGAUAGAAUACAUGAACGAUGAUCCUGGCAUGGUGGAUGUUCUUUAUGCCAAAGUUCAUAUGAAAGAUGGCUCCAACAGGCUGCAGGAAUUAGUUGAUCGAGUCCUAGAACGUUUUCAGGCAUCUGGACUAAUAAUGAAAGAAUGGACUAGUGUGAAACUCCAUGCUACUGUCAUGAAUACUCUGUUAAGGAAAGAUCCCAAUGCUGAAGGCAGGUACAAUAUCCACACAGCAGAUGGCAAAUACAUCUUCAAAGAAAGAGAAUCAUUUGAUGGCAGAAACAUCUUAAAGCUGUUUGAGAACUACUACUUUGGUACCUUAAAGCUUAAUUCAAUCCACAUCUCUCAGCGGUUCUCAGUAGACAGCUUCGGAAACUACGCUUCCUGUGGACAAAUUGACUUCUCCUGAGGUGAAUCUUGAGAAACCCUAGAAAUUGAACAUCUUCACAAGGUGCUGAGGGAAAGUGUCUUCAUUUUAAUUGCCAAGGAGGGAUGUGACCUUUUGGAUGGUGACUUUCCUGGGUGGUUCCCCAUGGGCUCUGUAGUAUCUCUGAUGGUGGUCCACAGUCAUCAGACUGUUAGCCAAGAUGAUUGUGGGCACCUGGAGAACUGUGCAUGUAACCCUGGGCUUUUUGCAGGGUCUUUUCUUUCCAAAGCUCUUCUGUGGAAGUGAACCUCUGAAGCCCAUUGGAACUCAGAUUUGCAUUACUUCUUAUAUACUGAUUUUGCCCCAGCCAUUAAAGUUGUUUGUAUUAGUACUUUAAAAGAGAAUUAAAGACAUGUGGUUUCAUUAAUCUCUCCAUCUAGAUAAAAUACCUGUAAUUUUUAGAAGGUUGAUUUUUUUCUCCCUUUCCCUCGUACCCUAAAUUUCUGUGUGUGUAAUAAAAACAAGCAUUUACUGAACACC